GUGGUGUGUCAGCUUGGAGUUUAAUUGAACAACCCUUGGGGAAAUAGCCUCCAUGCAAGGAGCAGUCUUCUUGUAUUGGUGGAGUGUGGGUACACUUAAAAGCCUUUGUGUUAAACUGAUUUUUUUCUUUCUUUCAGGCCCCAAGCUUUGUUCCCACAAGCAGGACUUUUUAUGGUGAAGAAGCAAUGGCCAAUGUGCACGUUCUGAUCCAAAAGGGCAGCACUGUGACCUUUGAGGCUUGGAAGAAGGUGCUGCUCACAGAAGAUUCUCCCAGGCAUCUCAUACAACCAAGCAAGGCUUUAUACAAGCCAGGAGAGAGAGUCAAGUUUCGCAUUGUGAGGCUUGAUGACGAAUUUAAGGCCAUUGAUAAAACAAUCCCCCUGAUAUGGCUGAAGGAUCCUGAUGACAACCGGAUUGCCCAGUGGGUGGAUGUGAAGCCUCUUCGUGGCAUUGUGGAUCUGUCUUUCCCUCUGGCCUCUGAAGCAGCCUUGGGCACAUACUCCAUUGAAGUGGAAGACAAAGAACUGAGUUCCAAAGCUGAUGGAGAAUUCACAGUGGCGGAAUAUGAGUUGCCUAGGUUUGAACUUUUCUUCAAAUUCCCACCAUUGGUCACCAUUUUAGAUGAAGUAUUUCAGCUCAGUGUCUGUGGCAAGUACACCUAUGGAAAACCUGUUCAAGGAAAUGUGUCUAUCACCCUGACAAGGAAAGCAUCAGAAGCCUUUGAAAUAGUUACAAACAUAGAUUUGCCUAAGAUUGUAAAGGGAUACAGUGAGUGGACGGACAAGUCUGGUUGCGCCACUUUUACUAUAAACACGACUGAUAUUAAUCUGCUUGUAAAAGGCUAUGACAACCUGCUGGCAUUGUCUGCACUACUGACGGAGGAAGGAACAGGACUGAAGGCGACAAAAACGGACAGCAUUCCUAUUGCUACCAGUGAAGUGAAUGUGGCAUUUGGACAACUCAAUCCUUUCUAUAAGCAAGGUUUCCCUUACUCUGGAAAGCUUAGAGUUACAGUCAAUGAUUCACCAGUCAAAAAUCACAAGAUCUAUCUCAUUGUUGAUGUUGAUGAUGUGCUGACCCACAUUCCAUAUAUCACAGAUGAGAAUGGUACUGUCUACUUCUCUCUAGAUACAACUGCCUGGAACAACACCAUGGUUUCUAUAAAGGCAACAUACACAAUUGGGAAUAAAACUGAAGAACAGAUUGCUCGGAUGUCAAGCAUGGUAGAUUAUAAGUGGCUGAAGCCCUUCUACUCUGAGAGUAACAGUUUCCUUGAGAUUCAGCAUGUGGAGGAAGAGCUGCCCUGUGGAAAGGAUCAGGAAGUACUGGUGGAUUAUAUCCUUGACCGGAAAGAGCUGGACCCCGAGGCCGAUCACAUAGAUUUCUAUUACUUGGCUGUAUCAAGAGGAAAGAUUGUUUCCAGUGGACAAAAGCAAGUGCCCGUUGGCCAGGAUGAGACACUCAAAGGCACCUUCUCCCUCACCCUGACCACCAGUUCUGACCUGGCACCCAUUGCCAAGCUUCUGCUGUUUGCAGUCUUCGCUGACGGCGAGGUGGCAGCCGACCUUGAUGUGUUCACAAUAGACAUGUGCUUCAAGCAUAAGGUGAAGUUGGGGUUCUCAUCAGAGGAGGAGCUUCCAGGGUCGAAGGUCAACCUGCAGUUAGAAGCUGCCCCUGGUGCACUCUGCUCUGUCCAGGCUGUGGACAAGAGUGUCCUCUUGCAGAAGAACCAAACUCUGACACCAGUUAGAGUAUAUCAUGCUUCUUUGGCCUUUUGGCUUGAUAUGACAAUAGAAGGAUUUCACUAUCGCAUGGAAGAUUUUGAACCCUAUCCUUGCUUGCCCCCUCUGGAUCCUAGACAGCCUUUCAGGGUAGCACCUUGGUAUCAGAAAGAAGCUGAUGUUUAUAGUCUGUUCAAGCAAUCGAAAUUGAAAAUUUUAACAAACACAAGAGUGAAAAAGCCUGUUUCCUGUGAUCUUCCACAUGGAGAGAGAAUUGUUUUCAAAAGUGGGGCAAGAGUUAUAUCAGGUACUGAACCUCGUGAAAAUAUACCUCAAGAUAUCACUCACACAAAACCUAAGCAGGAUACAAAAGCCAAACCCAGGACAAGCUUUCCAGAAAACUGGAUUUGGAAUUUAGUACCUGUCAACGAGGAAGGGAAAGCAGUUCACUCGGUCACUGUUCCAGACACAAUCACGGAGUGGAACGCAAAUGCAUUCUGUUUGGCAGACGUAGGCUUUGGACUCUCCCAGUUAACCUCGAUCAGGGUUUUCCAGCCCUUCUUCAUUGAUAUGACGAUGCCAUAUUCUGUGAUCCGUGGAGAGACUUUCCAGAUAAAGGGCACCGUCUUUAACUUCCUCGAGAACUGUAUCCAGGUGAGAACGACCCUGCUAGAGUCUGAGGAGGUGGAGGUGAAGCCAUGUCUGGACUGCCAGUACACCACCUGCCUGUGUGCUGAGGAGGCCAAGGUCUUCUCCUGGAACGUGACGGCUACGCAGCUGGGGCGCGUGAACAUCUCAGUGAGCAGUGAGGCCGAGGAAACCCAGGAGUUGUGUGGCAACAAGAUCUCUGUCACUCCUGCGCGUGGCCGGUCAGACACGGUGAUAAAAUCGUUACUUGUGAAGCCAGAAGGUGUCCUUAAAGAAGAGGCCCAGAACGCAUUCCUGUGCUCUUCAGGAGAACCAGCUUCUGAGGAAGUUUUCCUAACAACGCCAGAAGCAGUUGUGCAGGAUUCUGGGCGGGCCAUCGUAACUGCCAUCGGAGAUAUCAUGGGAGCUGCACUAGAAAAUAUAGACGAGCUGCUUCAGAUGCCUUUUGGCUGUGGUGAGCAGAACAUGGUCAAGUUUGUUCCCAACAUCGUUGUACUCCAGUACUUGGAAAAAACCAAUCUGGUGACUCCGGAGAUAAAGAAUAAGGCAAUAGAGCACAUGAAGAGUGGGUACCAACGGCAGCUGCUUUAUAAACACGACGAUGGCUCCUACAGUGCCUUUGGAAAGCAUGAGGAGGAGGGGAACACUUGGCUGACCGCGUUUGUGGCCAAGGCUUUUGGGCAGGCAAAGCCCACCAUCUACGUGGAUGACAAGCACAUUCAGGAUGCCGUGCAAUGGUUGGGGAAGCACCAACUUCCCAGCGGCUGCUUUCAAAGUGUGGGGAGGCUCUUCAACAAUGCCCUGAAGGGUGGUGUGGAUGAUGACCUCUCUCUGACAGCUUAUGUCACUGCCUCUUUGCUGGAGCUGCACCUAGAGAAGAACGGGAGCAUGGUAGAUGAUGCCUUACUCUGCCUGAAGAGAAACCUGAGCUCUAUGAACAGUACUUACUCCAAGGCUUUGCUGGCUUACGUCUUCACGUUGUCUGGGGACAUAGAAAUCCGGCAACAGCUCCUCAGAGACUUAGAGGACGAAGUUCUCAAAACAGAUAUUGAGACAAUGGCCUACGUGCUCUUGGCUCGCCUUUCCAUGACGGAAGUAUCCACAGAAGAUAUCCACUAUGCCUCUCAGAUGAUGGGCAACCUUAAUAAAGAACGGAAUCCCUACGGAGGCUUUAGUUCCACCCAGGAUACUGUGAUUGGCCUGCAGAGUUUAGCCAGGUAUGCAGCCUUGACAUUCGUUGAGAUAGAAAAUCUAAAGUUGGUGGUAAAAUCCAGCAAAGGCUUCCAACACGAAUUCCAUGUCAACAAGAAGAACCGGCUGGUGCUGCAGCAGGCCUCCCUUCCGGAGAUCCCUGGUCAGUACAAGGUGGAGCUAUCAGGGCAUGGCUGUGUUUAUGUGCAGACUAUUCUUCGGUAUAACAGGAUGCCUCCGGAGUCUGAUGCUUUUGCUUUGAGAGUGGAGACAUCGCCAGACAAAUGCACCCAGAGUUCCAGGAAAUAUUUUGAGAUCCGACUUGAAGUGAGUUACACAGGCCGUCGAGAGGCAAGCAACAUGGUUCUGUUGGAGGUGAAUAUGCUAUCUGGGUAUAUUCCCAUAAAGAAAUCUGUAAAGGAGCUGCUAGAUAAGCCAUUGGUUAAAAAGGUGGAGUUUGAUCCUGAGAAGAUAAGCAUUUACCUGGAUCAGUUGGAUAAUAAUGUUCAAAGCUAUAGCUUCUUUGUGGAGCAGGAAACAGAAGUGUGGGAUCUGAAGGCAGCCAUAGUGAAAGUCUACGAUUAUUAUCAUCCAGAUGACAAUUUGAUUACUGAAUAUAAUGCUCCUUGCAGCGCAGAGACUGCAAAAGAAGAUCACAACUAAUCCUCUGUUAGGGGAACGAACACUGGAGCUGCUGGAGCUGAUCUUCCGCCUUUGUAAUUCUUGCUUUCAAAGACUGUAAACCGGUGCAGGUGGACCCUGCGUGUUUCUCUGUACGUUUGAACUCAAGUUCUGCAUCCACAGUGGGAGCUCACCAGUUUCCCCUCCUGCCCGCAGGCCCCGCCCAGUUUGCUCCCUGCUGCAUCACCUGCUGCUCCCGAAGUUUCCCCGACUUUGGGUUGAUUGAGGAACGGUUGGCGUAAUGGAGGAAAGUUAAAACUUACCUUCCACUCAUGUAUGAGGAGAUGGGGAGAUGCUGUCAUUGCUCCCAAGACGUGACUUCUAAAAUCUUAGUUCCACUCCUUGCAAACACAUACACAUAAAUUGUGACAGCACUUCUGGAAGCACGUUUUGAGAGAGAAUUUGGUAUGUGAAAGGACAUGGAGAGUCCUUGCCUGCUUUUUUCUGACAAAACAUGGCUGGGAAUGGGAGCAAGAGGCUUCCCAGGGGUCUUCCGCCCUCCUGCCCACCUUCAGCCCUUCCCCAAAGGCCAUCACUGGACAAAAGAAGAAAUAUGCAGACAGCGGAUCAGAUUAGAAAUCUCAGUUCAAAAUAGGCAUUCGGAAAAUUACGGUGUCUGAGAAAGAGAAGCUACUGAAGACUGCAGGAUUGUUAUACAGUUUAAAUAAAUAUGCAGAUAUACUGUUA